UGAGCGAGUCGCUGGUCAGUCAGUUUCUCCGCUGUAAACAGGCGGUGUUAGAGCGUCAAACUUCGGGUGGGUCCGGGAAAAACCUAGUGAAACUUCAGAAAGUGUAAUGCUCUGAAUGAAAUACUUUCUUCUGGCAGCAAGCGGAUCAACUCACACAUGUAAAAUGACCACCACGGAGGGCGGUUAUGUACACACCUUUGGCCCAGAGCUGCCUGCCAUGUUUGAUGGUGUGAAGCUGGCGGCGGUGGCUACCAUCCUCUAUAUCAUUGUCCGCUGUCUGAACCUCAAGAGUCCCACUGCACCACCAGAGAUCUUUUACCAGGACACCCUGCUCAGUCACUACCUGCUCAAGACCUGCCCAAUGCUGACCAAAGAAUACAUUCCUCCCUUGCUGUGGGGGAAGAGCGGUCACAUCCAGACGGUGCUCUACGGGAAGAUGGGACGUGUCAAAACUCCAACGCCCUGUGGGGUUCGCAUGUUCCUCCCAAUGCAGGAUGGUGCUACGGCUACCUUUGACCUCUUUGAAGCUAUUGGAGCCCACACCACUGGAGAUGACAUUACCAUGGUAAUCUGUCCUGGGAUUGGUAACCACAGUGAGAAGAACUACAUCCGGACCUUUGUGGAUUAUUCCCAGCGGCAGGGUUACCGCUGUGCUGUCCUCAACCACCUGGGAGCCCUGCCUAAUGUUGAGCUCACCUCGCCACGCAUGUUUACAUACGGUUGUACCUGGGAGUUUGGAGCUAUGGUGGACUACAUAAAACGCACUUUUCCCCAGACUCUGUUGGUGGUCGUGGGGUUCAGUCUGGGAGGAAACAUCGUCUGUAAGUUCCUGGGGGAAAACCAGUCAAACCAGGACAGAGUGCUAUGCUGUGUCAGCGUCUGCCAGGGUUACAGUGCCCUCAGGGCUCAGGAAACUUUCCUUCAGUGGGACCAGUGCCGGAGGCUCUACAACUUUAUGUUGGCGGAGAAUAUGAAGAAGAUCAUUCUGUCGCACAGGGACAGUUUGCUGGCCAUGCAGUGCAGCAACAUUGGCGAUGGAGAGCUGAACAGACUGUAUGCAGCCACAUCUUUGAUGCAGAUUGAUGACAGCAUUAUGAGAAAAUUCCACGGUUAUGACUCACUGAGAGAGUACUAUGAGAAGGAGAGCUGUGUGCACUACAUCCACAAAAUCACUGUCCCACUCCUCCUGCUAAACUCCUUGGAUGACCCACUGGUUCAUCCAUCACUACUUGCUGUUGCACGCACUCUUGCAGAGAAAAUGCCCAAUGUGGUAUUUGCCCUGACGCAACAUGGGGGCCACAUGGGCUUUUUCGAGGGAGCUGUUCUGUUCCCUCAGCCCCUCACCUGGAUGGACAAGGUCAUAGUGGAGUACACCAACGCCGUCUGCCGCUGGGAGAAGAAGCAGUCGGUCUGUCAGAGUAGCAGCGAGUAGGACAUGAACUUUUUGUAUGGAAGCACGCAAUACCACUCUGCGAGUUGCACUUACAUACAAGUCCAGAGACAAACGCACAAAGACAGCUUGCUGUACCUGCUCAGCUUCAGCACUUUUGGCCUUACAGCUACAUGAUUCUGGAACUUGUAGAUGAUUAGACAAGGCAGCCUGAGUGGAAGUGGUUAAACCAGAUUAGAAAUAAAAACCUACAGAGGUGAUCGCACAGGUGAGUGUAAUGUGAUCCCAAGCAGAAGUGUUCUUUCUGCUUUUGUUCUUUUUAUCUCUCAGGUUAACAAUAGUUUGCCCUCUGCUGGUUUUUGGUAGGUACUUCUUUCUUUAUUCUCUAAAGCAGGGUGCGUAAUUUGAAUUCUGCCAUAAGAAAGAAAAAAAGGUGGACUCUUUUUUUCAAGUUUUCAAAUAAUAUUUUAAUGAUGUUUUGGUUCUGUCCUGUUCUGAAGUCCUUUAAUUGAAAUAGUGCAUUUUCACUAAGAGGAUGUUGCUGUUUAUUAAAGAAAAACAUCUGAUAAGAAUGUGAUUUAAUCUCUCAAAUCAGGUAAUGUUUUACAGAUAUUUUUUGGUAGGUUUUCAUGCUCAAUUUUCUCCAGUGGACUCUGUCUGCAUUUAGGGUAGACAAAAACAGACCCAACUGAACAUUUCUGGUUUGUUGAAACAUGUACUUGUAGAUCCAACCAUUCCAUGAAUCAAUCAAUUUACUGUAAAGCCUCCUGGUGUAGAACUCUGGUUACCCAAAACUUAUAAAUAACUAAUAACUCCCAGCGUAGAAAUAAUUUAACUAGAAGUGGCAGGUGUGGUGGUAUAAACGGCUGUUUACGGUAUGUUUCGAAGGUGAUAACAUUUUGAAUGUGUCUCUUCUUGGUCACGAUUAUGUUCCAUAUACCAGGCGUGGCUUCAGUUUAAACACUGUAGUGACUUAAUAUUAAACUUUAGCAUCGAUUACCUUUUGGGGGAGGAUGUUGUUGUUGUUCAUAGCUGUUCAUUGCUGCCUACUGGAUGGUGGUGUUUGCAAUAUCAAAGGUAAAGACAGCUAAGAGUAUCGCUCUAUUGAAGAUGAUUAGUGUCACUGACAAAAAAGGACAGGGGGGUGGAUUUUUAUAUUUUUUAUUUUCUGAAUUGUGAGAAAGAAAGAAAAAACACUCCUGUACUGUCAUGGUACUGUAAAUUUCCACCAGAAUUAUGUGAUUUCAAAGGUUUCAAACACCAGCUAAGCUGGUGAGGGCACAAAUGCAAUGUUUUUGCUGUUUUGGUUUGCUUGUUUUUAAUAUUCUGAGCUCUUAUUAUCAUGUUAAGGACUUUUGAGGUUGGUCAGUUUCCUGUGAGUUACAUUCUCAGUGGACUCCACCCAGUCUAUGUAGCCUCCAAAUUAUGCAACUUAUAUCUGCUCUGCAGAAGUCAAAUGUCAUGCAACAGCACCACAAACAUGUCCUGACUUUUUCACUGUUUGCUCGCACUUUAUUGUCUUCAAUGCACUAUGUAGAGUCAUUGACAAUUAAAAGUAAAUGAACACAUUUUUAUUGGUGUGAUAUUAUAAAUUAAGACGUUUCAAUUGUCUUUUUUCACAAUCAUUUUCUGAUGGGGUAUUGUGCAUAGUGUAAAAAAUUACUCUUCAUUAACUUGUUCCUGGAUGAAUGAGUUUUUUCAAGUUACUUGACAAGAUUUUUCUUUUUAGUCUCAUUUCACAUAACAGGGGCUUGUCUGCAUUGUUGAAUAUAUGAUUAUGAUGUAGAAAAUGAAGGAAAAUGUGGGUGUUUUCAUG